AUGCAUUCAGCACUGCCUUUGCUUGCCGCCUCAGCCAUCGGCGGCGCGCAGGCAGUCACCUCCAACGGCACGAUCAACGCGCCUCUUGUGGAACGACAAACAUCAUGCUUCACCUUUGAGGACCCCGUAACGGCGUGCGGAGCCGGCGACCUGACCAAAGCGAACUGGGACGCCUUCGCCAUCGACGAAUUCCUCGUGGGCUUCAUCAACCAGUUUGGCACGCAGGACAAUUUCCCAAAGUUCUUCGUCUCGCAGGACACACCUACCGAAAAUCCGUUCGAGGGAUUCGACUGCUCCUUCUUCGGCACCCCGACUCGGUCGCUGCCGCCCUGCAGUGUUCCCAGUCAGAACAACCCAGAUGCGGCGACGGAUUGUAACUUUGACGGCUUGCAAGGCACGUUCUGCGCCAACUUUAUCGACCCCCGAGCCGGGUUCGUUGUGCAGAAUUACAUCAACUUGUGGCAGGGGCUGCAGAACCAUCACGAUGCCAUUCAAGAUGCUGCCGAUGCGAUCAACAGCGCAAACUUCAUCAACACCAUGGUAUCCGCCCUGGCGCCAAAGAAGCAAUCCAUUGGUCUGGCUGUGUUUAACCUCAUUGCCGAUCUCGUCACAGACAUUCUUCCAAUAGGCGGUGAAAUCAAAGCGGCUGCCACAUUCAUGAAGAAGAUCCGCCUCGUGAUCAAAGCCACCAAGUCAGACCUCAAGGACGAUUCCAAUGACGUUGCCAGCGUCAUCUCCUCGAAUCAAGCAAUCGACCAACAAGUCUCGGCCACAGAAGAGCAGUUGAGCCAGCAGCUGGCCAACGUCGUCUCCGGCACGCAGAAGCGGCUCGAGAAUAUCCUCGCCCAGAUCUUCGGACCAACCAAGGACCCUCAGCUUGUCGACAGAGACGCCAUCCGCAGCACCUUUGCCUUCCUGAACGCGUACCACGGUGUCUUUCUCGACGAUGUGCCCCAACGCGCAGACCUGCGAGAUCAGAUGAGGAAGCAGCUGCAGAACUGGAUUGUCAGCUCCGUGCUCACCACCAUGGGCUACGACGUCACCAUCGACACGACCGAGUUGUUCGACGCUCCAGGUAAGCCAGGCGGCGUGUGUCGCGCCGAGAACGGGUUCAGCGUGUCAGGAGGGUGCGCGUUGUUUAGAAUCAACGGCAUCGACCACGACAACGGCAAUGUGAUAGACAAGGCCUUGCAGGGCAACAACAUCUUCGCGUUGCAGGAUACCGCAAGCAUUGAUAUAGCUGGAGCGAUUGCGAACGCGGCGGCCUGCAACAGCGGCGGUGGUGGCACAGUGGAUUUCGAAGGGUUCCUCGACAUGGAAAACACAGGAAGCCUCCCGAAUUGUAUGUUCAACUUUAGGGUCGUAUCAGUGGCGCUCUGA